AUGAACGUGUCUUUGUUUGACAUGACGCAGGGCGCGCUGUUCAACAGCAGUCAGACCAUCGCGGGGACUCUGGCCAACUACUCCGGGAACGCCACGGACACGGUGGUGACGGCGGACGGAGGGGGGCCCCUGAACGCGCUGCAGGACGAGCGCAAACUGUUUGUGAUGCGCGUGGUGCAGAUCGCGGUGCUGUGCGUCCUGUCGCUCACCGUGGUCUUCGGGAUUUUCUUCCUCGGCUGUAACCUGAUGAUCAAAUCCGAAAGCAUGAUCAACUUCCUGGUGAAGGACCGGAGACCGUCCAAAGACGUGGAGACGGUGAUGAUCGGGCUGAGCUGA